UUCCUCGAGUAUCAACCCUUGGGAUGCCUGCAUCGUUCCUGUCUCGUUGGUACCUAUUCUAAUUACUACCAGACUCGGUUUUGCCGUUCCGGCCGCCGACAGCAUUAGUCAUACGUCGAGGGUUCCGUGAUUGACAGUACACGCGGUAAUGCUUAGAAACGGCUAGUCUAAAGAGAAAAGAGGCCUGACGUAGUAACAUUGUCGCUCUGAUCCCCUUAGUCGUCCAAGCCGAAGAGGUCAGCUACCUAACGAUUUUCAGGGACCGGGAUAAAGCUCGAGAGCAGUUUAGCUUCGAGGCGCCAUGGACGUGACGGCAGAUAUUAAAGUGCUGGUGGCGAUGCGAGACGACCAGCACUGCCGGGAGGCCUUAGACUGGACCAUCAAGGAGUUCGGGAAGCGCAAGGAUGCGAGCGUUUGCUUACUUCUCACGCAUAUCGUCACCGAGCUCCGCAACACAGCGGGCAAGCUGGUGCGCCUAGGCGAGGCGGACAGCCCGAGCGUGGCGGUGCACAUCUGCGACCGCGUGCUGCCGUACCUCGAGAGCCUGCAGGACGUCAGCGACGACGCGGGGCUGCCAUCCACGGUGCACGUGAUCAAGAACGAGGACAAGGGCGGCGCCAUCCUCGAGGCGGCGCAGAAGCUGGAGGCGACGCACAUCGUGCUGGCCAGCAUCCCCAACAAGCCCAUCAGCGAGUGGAAGACCAUCAACGUGUGCGCCAGGGAGGAGGCUCUGCCGCCCGGCGCGUCUCUCUUCGUGGUGCAGAGCGGCAAGAAGCUCAAGACCGUGCAGAGCAAGGAACAGGCGCCCGCCAAGGCUGCCCCGCCCCCAGCGCGUGUUUUCCACGGCACGGCGCUGAACAAGAAGCUUCCGGACAUCCAGGAGGGGGGGAGCGGCGCGCAGGAAGGGGGAAGUGGCGCGCAGGGGGGAGGGGACGCAGGGGAAGGGGAAGGGGAAGCCAAGGAAGCAGCAGCAGGGGGAGGCGUGGAGGGGGAGGCUGCAGGGAAGGCGGAGGGGGCUGCAGCGGAGGGGGGAGGGGAGGGAGAGGGGAAGGGCGAGGAGGGGCUGUCCGCCCUGGAGUUGGCUCGGCGGGCGUAUGCUGCAAAGGCCAAAGCGGCCGGAGGGGCAGGGGGGUCAGGGGGCGUUGCUGCGGGUGGGGCAGCAGCAGCAGGAGGAGGGGGAUCAGGAGGGGCGGCGGCAGCAGGGGGGGCGCCAGGAGGGGGUGUGCCGCCCAAGGACCGGCCAAGGAAGAAGAAACCCUCAGCUGGCGCCAAGGCGCGCCUUGAGAAGAAGAUGGCGGAGCGGGAGAGCUCCUCCGGGCACAAGUCGGCGUCGGACAAGAGCAACCCGCUGACGAGGCCACUGCAGGUGGUGGAGCCGGCGGACGGCACGCAGCGGCAGGCGUUCAAGGAGUUCACUCUUGAAGAGCUGCAGACCGCCAUCGAGCACUUCUGGCCCAACCACGUGUGCGGCGAGGGGAGCUAUGGCGUGGUGUACAAGGGGAUGAUCGACGGGCAGACGGUGGCCGUGAAGCAGCUCAAGAACCCCGAUGUCAAGGCUGCUCUGGAUGAGAUCGACAGGGAGAUGGAGGUGCAGAAGCGCAUCGACCACCCCAACGCGGUGCGCCUGGUGGGGUACUGCCGCGAGGACCGCUCGCUCGUCUACGAGUUCAUGUCCAACGGCUCGCUCGAGGACCGCCUGCUGUGUAUUGGCGGUGUGCCGCCGCUGCAGUGGCCGGAGAGGUGCCGCAUCGCCAUGGAGAUAGCAGCGGGCCUGCAGCACCUGCACACGCGCAAGCCCCCAAUCGUGCACCGUGACGUGAAGCCCGCCAACGUGCUCCUGGACGACAACUUCACCGCAAAGCUCGGCGACGUGGGGCUGGCGCGCCUCAUGGGCGACCUGGCGCCGGGCCACUCGCACGUGGUGCGCAAGUCGGUCAUCGUGGGCACGGAGCACUAUGUCGACCCCGAGUACCUCUGCGCCCGGAGGGGGUACCUGGGGCCGAAAUCAGAUGUAUAUUCGUUCGGGGUGGUGCUGCUGCAGAUGCUGGUGGGGGAGGUGCCGAACCUGAAGCGGAUCGACGCCAUGGUGGAGAAGGAGGAGCUGGCUGUGGUGCUGGACCCCAGGGCUGGGGAAUGGCCGCCGAACCUGGCACUCGAUCUCGCGAACCUGGGGUUGUGGUGCGCGGAAAUGGACCGCCGAGAUCGGCCGGAUCUGACAGAGGAGGUGAUCCCGGCCCUGAUGGACAUCUGUGAGGCGGCGGCGGAGGCGGUGGUGGAGUGGGAGGCGAAGCAGGAGGCGCAGAAGGAGAAGGAGCGGGUGGAGAAAGAAGAGAAGGAGAAGGCGGAGAGGGAGGCCAAGACGAAGGCGGAGGAGGAGAAGAAGAGGCAGCAGCAGGUGGAAGCCGAGGCGGCUAAGAAGGCCAAAGAGGCAGCUGCUGGGGCGGGGUCGAGUGCUGCUGGGGCUGGGGAGAAGAAGGGAGGGGCCGCGGCAGCGCCGUCGAAUGAGGCGGCCAAGGGCGGGUGCUGUUCCAUUCUGUGAUGGUGCUUUGUGGUGUGCUGUGGCGGUUCACGUCAAGCAAUAAAAGGCUGGAUAUGAGGGCGCGGAACAGUGCUUCCAGCAAGCUGUUCUCUGCUCAACAGUUGAAGGGUCUGCCUUCUUAGGGAAAGAGGUGUUUAGGACCCUGGUAAGCUGGUGUAGAGCUGACUUUUAGGGUGUGCAAUUUGUACAUGUGCAAGAAACGCUAGGAUCUGGUGCUGUCUAACGUAGUGCUACGUUGAGCGUCGAUAGGGAUGCUGUUGUACUCACCUAGAUCCUUGUGUAGAGGUUGCCAUUUUGCUUGGAAUUUGUGUAGGCCCUAGGUAACCACUUAAUUAUCUUUGUUUGUACGGUAUAAGAGCAA